AACAUGGCAGUUUACUUAUAAUUACCGUGUAAUGACAAGCCCAAAUGUCAGAAGACGGGCGGGAGAGAGUAACUGUCAGCCGCGUUGCGCAAUCAGUCGACCACGUAGCACGGGCAGCAAGGAUGUCGUUGACAAUGUUCCUCUCUACACUCUUCAUUACCCUAUUGGCGGAGCACACGGCCGCCGUGUCGAUACCACUAGAGCAGGUUGCUGCCUCCAACAACGUCCCCGAGUGUCGACUUCGACUACGAUCUCGAGCUGCCACAAAUGGGGUAUCUGUCUGGCUGUUUGCGGGGGAAUCUAUCUCCUUCCAAAUAUGUCUGCAAAAUCCCGAUGACGUGAUUAUUCACGAUCUCGUGUACUCAAAUGAUGGUGGGAGUGACGUCAUCUCAAUUGCCAUUGACUCUGACGUCAUUGGUACAGUUAAUACAAGUGAUCAAUCAGGAAACGGCUUUCUCUGGAACGUAUUCCGCCAUUCUGGCUAUGUAGGAAAGGGAGGCUACUCAGUGGGGAGGCAUUUACUGUCUAUAACUGUGACCGAUUCAGAUGAAUAUGGCGUCGAGUUGGAUACAAUUGUUUUCAGCGUCGGCGCAUUGACGGAGUGGACGUUUUGUGGAGCGUCCCCAAGUGAAGAAUUCAUAGCAACAACAGAUAAAUGUCGGCCAGAAGUGUCAAGACAGGUGUCUGGAGUUUGACUGGACUGCCUGAUGCGACUAUCUGAUGCGACUGUCUGAUGCGACUCUCUGACGCGACAGCUUAAUGCGACUGUCUGAUGCGACUGUCUGAUGUCAACCUGGGUCACCUGGACACCUCGCAGACCAAUCAGUCUCCACUGCUAUUCCAAGAUGGUGCACUUGUAUUUAUUCUAAUAUUUCCUAUGAACAUUUAUCAAAUACCACACAUCUUUGCGACUGUUCGAUCCACCUUCCGCUUGUGCUAGCCCUGGGACUACAGUCCACCCCUAUCAGCUAUCUGGCAUGUGCUACUUUCUUGGAAUUACGCUGUAAACCUCAAUAAAAGUAUAAUAAAGAACAUUAAUGCUUUCUUUGAAA